AUGUCCCAGAAUCAGUUUCGGAUUGUUGUGGGAUCGUACGAGCACAAUUUACUUUGCUUGUCCUUGAAUCUGUCUCUAGAGACACCGUUGUUUACACCAAUUUUCCAUUUCCAAGCACACGCUCUGAGUGUCAAAUGUCUAGACAUAUCCAAGCGAUACCUGGUUUCUGGCUCGAAUGAUGAGCAUAUUCGGAUCUACGACCUGCAAAAACGUAAGGAGCUCGGAAAUCUAAUGAGCCACCAGGGUUCCAUAACAACUUUGAAAUUUUCCAGAGGAACAAAACUCGCAGGGCCAGAGGUCAACGGCCCGGCUGAAACGAGCGUGGGUACCGGAAAUAGCAAGUGGCUUUUGUCGUCUUCGGAGGACCACAACCUUGUUGUAUGGAGGGUCAAGGACUGGGAAAAUUUCGGAACUUUGAAGGGCCAUCUGGGUCGCAUCAAUGAUUUCGAUAUUCAUCCGUCCAACAGAAUAGCCAUUAGCGUUAGCGAAGACCAUUCCAUUAGACUUUGGAAUUUGAUGACUAUGAAGAAAGCCGGAGUAUUGAAGCUAAAGAAAUACAACCAGAACGGUCAAGUUGUGCGAUGGUGCGGUAGCGACGGCGAGUUUUUUGCCGUUGCUCUGUCCAACAAAGUUCUGCUUUACAGAACGGCCACUGCUAAGGUGUUCCGCGAAAUAGACACAGGGAGAUCGGCCAUAAUGCACAUGGAGAUAGAGAAGAUAGACGGCGAGGAUCACGCUGUGGUCGGGUUGGGAAAUGGCUCUGUGGCCAUGUAUUCACUUCAAAAAGUGUACACAGAAGAGGACAGCCCGGAAAGUAAAGAACUCAACGUCUCUCCAGACCUCACCUUGCAAGGUCACACUACUCGUAUCAAAGAUUUCAAAUUUUACACUAAUGAAUUUGGACAAUACUUAGUUACUAUUAGUUCUGACGGUAAGAUUGUGGUGUGGGAUAUGGCCACCAAAGAUCAGCUAGCCAUCUUUGAAUGUGGUGAGAGAUUGAAUUGCUUAGCUCUAUGCGAUGAAACGAUUGAAAAGUUUGAGACUAUGAAGAAAAGAGAUCUCGAAGAAGCUGAACUGGGGGAGCAAAGUGAGGCUGAGGAAGAUCCUGAGAAGUUGAAGCAAAUAAUGCUGGGCUCUAAAUCUACCAAGAAGAGCAAGAAGAGCAAAAAGCGGGCCAAGAACAAAAAAGUAGAGAUUCAAUUGGAGUAG